GAUCAAUUCACACGACAUAAAUCCAGUCACGUGAAUUUCUUAAAACAUCAACGAAAAAAAAAUUUAAACUAUCAAACGGUAUGAAUAAGUCAUUGCUUGGUUAGUGACUCAGAUUUAAACAGACUAUAUAUAUAGAUUAUCAAAAUGGAGUUCCACGCUAUAAUUGUUUGUGGAAAGGGGAAGGCCCUUGCUCCAUUUUCCCAAACAAGAUCUACUGGGGUGGCCAAACCAUUGUUACCAAUAGCUAAUAAGCCAAUGAUUAAUUAUGUUUUGGAAUGGUGUGAAAAAGCAUUCUUUCCAAAGGUUACAAUUGUGACUGAUUCUGCAUCAAAAGAGGAGAUUGAACGAGCAGUGUUGAAGUUCAAAGCCGAUUAUAAGAUACAUACCAAAUCAGAGGAAGAAGGUAAUGAAGCUGACUAUAAUCUUGAACAUUCAAGUGUUAUUAAUGUUUUAGAUCUUGAUACUGAUAAUUCUGGUGAAAUUCUCCUUCAUCUUUAUAAAUCAUCUCAAAAUGAUAAUUCUAAGAAUUUCGUUAUAUUACCCUGUGAUUUCGUUACUAAUUUACCACCUCAAGUAUUAAUUGAAGCUUAUAGAAAUAGAGAGGACACUGAUGUUGGUUUAUUAGUUACUUAUUACAAUCAAUUUGAAAUCGAAGAUAAAAAAUUCAAAAUAUUCCCCAAAAAUUACUCCAUUUAUACUGAAUUAUCAGAUGGAAAGCAUCAAUUAUUGGAUAUGUAUUCUAGUGAAGAUAUUGACUUUCAUAAAGCAUUACAAAUAAGAACUCAAAUGUGUUGGAGACAUGGAAAUUCAACCAUUAGUACUAAAAUGUUAAACAGUUCUAUUUUCUUUGGAGCUAAACAAGAUAUUUUUAAUAUAUUUAGUCAACAUUCUGAUAAGUUCACUGAUUCAUACUUUAAGAAUCGUUCCAUCACCAAGAUCAUAAGAGAUUUAGGUAGAAGAUCAUGGAGACAUUCAUCAACCAAGGAAACCAUUGCAUUUUUAACAUUACCUUCUCAAGCUACCUUCUUCAGAAGUAACAACUUACCAGUAUUGAUGGAAGCUAAUAGAUACUUUAUGAAAGCCCAAGCUAUUUCCAAAGCAAGAAGCCAGGGACAACCACAAAAGGAUAAACUUGCCGCCAACAUUGGUAUUGAUUCAUUAGUUGGUGAAAGCACCACCUUGGGAGAAAAAACUAAUGUUAAAAGAAGUGUGGUUGGAUCAAAUUGCAUAAUUGGUAAACGUGUCAAAUUGACAGGUUCAUUAAUAUUGGACAAUGUUACAAUCGAAGAUGAUGUUCAAUUAGAGAAUUGUAUUAUAGGUAAGAAUGCCAUAAUUCACAAUAAGUCACGAUUAACAAAUUGUAAUGUUGAAUCCACAAAUGAGGUUGCAAAAGGAACUCAAGCUAAGGGAGAAACCUUAUUAUGCUUGAGUUUAGAGGGUAUAGUAGAACAAGGAGAUGAUACAUCAGAAUAUGAGGAUGAUUCCGAACUGGAUGAUGAUGGUAGCGAUGACGAUGAAGAUGAAUACGACGAGAAUGAAGAUGAAUAUGCUGGAAAUGAAGAUGGUUUAUUUGCCUACUGAUUAAUAGAGAAAAUCUAUCAUUCUAAAAUAAACGAUUGUAUAUAAUAAACUGAUAUAUAUAAAGCUAUAUAUAUAUUUAAAACUAAUUUAAUCCAAACCGAAUUGAAA